ACUUCUGAGGAACCCACUUGUGGAAAGGGUUCAUUGAAAUAUCAUCCCUCACUAGAUGAUUGGGAAAAUACUGAGGAGAGCUCAUGGAGAUCACGUUCUGAUAAUUUGAAAAAUUCUGAAGGAUGGAGAUCUUCAGAAGAUUGGGGAGAUUUGGAGGAAAGAAGAUCUCCAGAAAAUUGGGGAGAUUUGAAGGAAUGGGGAUCCCCUGGUGAUGAUCUGGAAAAUUCGGAAGAAUGCUCAUCGAAGUCCACUACUGAGAAUAAUUCUGCAUUUUCUGAUGAUUUCCGAUCUAUUGAGGAAUUAACAAAUAUAAAUAAAUCUGGCGAUUUUAAAAAUACAUUCAAUCAAUCUCAAUCUGAAGUAAGUCAGGAGGCUGAUUCUGAAAAUGAAAAGGAUAUCACGAAUAAAGUUAGCAAUAUUAAUUUCAGCAAAGAAAUUGAAACAAUAUACGAUACCUCAAUCAACUUGUCUUCCGAUUUCCUUUCCGCUUUACAAAAGAACUCGUUCACUGAUGUUUCAAUUAAAUGUGGCGACUACGUCCAGCAAGUUCACAAAUUCGUUCUUGCAGCCAGAUCUCCAGUUUUUGAAGCCAUGUUUACCACUCCGAUGGAGGAAAGUGAGAAAGGUGUUGUGACCAUAAGCGAUAUUGAUGCCUCUGUUCUGGAUGAUUUGUUAGCUUUCAUCUACGGUGCUCAAGUCAAAAAUAUAACUCUGACAAAAGCGUGUGAUUUAUUGUACGUUGCAGAAAAAUAUCAAGUCAAAGGGUUAAAAGACAUUUGCACCGACUACCUUAGAUCUUGUCUGUCAAUUCCUAAUGCGAUUCAAAUAUUGCAGUUUGCUGACUUAUAUGAUGAAGAAUUGAAAAAGGAUGUCCUAAACUAUGUCUGUGAGAAUUUCUCUGCUCUAAAAACUACUGAAGAGUGGAAGACAUUGCAGACUCAAAAGCCAAACUUAUCCAUAGAAGUGUAUUCAGUAGUUGUGGAGAAACACGAGGCACUGUUAGGUUCGAAAAACUCCUCCAGUCCUAUGGAAACUCCAUCGUCGAUCGUCAAAACAGACAGCUGGCCAUGAAUUUGACGUUUCUGUACUUUUGUCAACCAAUCUCAAUCCAACAUUUGCGUAUUAUGUAAUCUUCCGCAAUGAUAUUAUAUUAUACCUAUUACAUUCCGUUAUUUGUAUAAAUUUUACACUCAAUUUGCAGAAAUAAUAAUUAUAGAGACAUGAUCACGUCUUUAACUAGCAUUCCGGGAGGGUUUAUUAUUUACUUGUUUUGUAUUAACACUUCCACCAACUUUUCUUUUUUCCGUACUGUGUUAUAAGAUUACCUUGUUACUUUAAAAGAAGAAAAAUAUAGUGACAAAAUUAUUUUGCUUGAAGAAGCAUUGUUGAUUGUACUGUUUAAUCAAAGCAAGCCAGAAUUGAAAUUUUUAUAUUUAAAUUCAAUCCAUGAAAAGAAUUUCACUGCUUAAUUUUAAAAUGAAAUUUUUAUUUCCUUUUUUAGUACGGUAAAAAAUAAAACUUUUUUAAUCCUG